GAGAAGAGCCGUAGAAGGAGCGUCCCAGGGAACAUCCACUAUUGUUCUAGCAGCGCGCUUCUGAAGGCGGACCAUGGUAUUGGAAUGACUACCCACAAUAUUUGUCCCCAUACAUCAAGUACCUACCCAUUGAGGUCACGUUUUCCGCUGAUAUUUUUUUUGAUCACGGGCUCAAUUCUGUAUUCUUAUCGGAGCUUCAUACCUUAAAAAAUCUACACAUCCUAGAAAAUUCGACAAUCAAGUGACCCUACACCAACCGUCCAGGAAUCAGGUAAACGAAGAACCACUUUGUGGAUGUGCUUCCUCUAAAUAAUUAUUUACUUAUUUUUUUUAUUUAUUUUUUAUUUAAAAUGUGACCGACAUCCAUCAAAAUUGGAAAAAAUUAACCUUCAACCGUCAAAGCUACCAAGCCAUUGAGACCCUCUGUUCCGGGAGGCAAUCAAGUGACGUUUUGGUAGAGGUGUGAUGCCGAGGCACGCCUUCAAACCAUGACCCUUUUUAAGACAAAAAAAACUUUCGUUUUACAACCCUGUUAAAGAAAAGCCGAUACCUUAUUUUAUGACUCUAAUUCGUUACAAAAUCGAAAUAUUUUUCAAAAUAACAUCAUGGAAUUAGAUGUUUUGGAAUAAAAGUUUUUGCUACCACAUACAGCUGUAUGGAGAUUACUCAUCUUGAAUCGUCGCAUUCUUUGGAAAGGCUUCCGGUCCAAAAAAAACCACUCUCCUCAAGAGCGCUUAAUAAUGAUAUUGCAGGGGCACCCAACGACCGUUUUCUGGGAAAUGAUCUGAAAUGGCUCGUUAUGCAUCCUGGAGUGCUUUAAGAGCAAUAUAAAUGAAUAAUUCGCAUCGCUAAAAUAAUUUGAUCUGUUCGGUCGUCCUAGGAGUGGUUUGAACCUCUCGAAGUCUUUAGGGCUGUUUUUCGCCUUUCCCGAAAAUAACAGCCUACAGUGAAAGCUUUCCGAAAACGUAAGAUUACCUGACGAGCUUUUCCCUUAGCCGAAAUUUUUAGGGGUCCUUUCAAAUUUUUUCCGAAAACUCUGCCUCUUGUGGGAAUGUCUUCGAAUUUUCUAGGGCGAUGUAGGAUGUAUAGAAAAUUCUAGGUGUAAUAAUAAGAAUAAUUAUAAUUAAAAAAUAAGAAGAACAAAAAUAAGACCAAGGAAAAGGCAUUUAAGUGAUUUUAAAGCCAGUUUCAAACGUCUUGUACCCUGCAGAACUCAAUUCGCACGGCACUUACUGAAAAAUCUGAAAUACGGCAUGGCAGUGACUGAUAAGCCGGUUUUUUUGCUAUUCUUAGUUUACGAAAGCUACGAAAUUUCUAGGCGAAAUCAGAAUCUAGAGAUUACUACAAAAUCCGAAAUUCUUAGGUGAACAAACCACACAAAUCCCGAAACUCUGAGCGCAACAAACAGUCACCACGAAACAUUUUCGAAAUUUUUAGCUGUUCUUGGGCUCUCGAAAAUUUUAGCCAUUCUAGAGGGCUCCGAACAGAUAUUUCCCAGAAAACGGUCGUUGGGUGCCCCUGAUAUUGUAUCAGUUACCCUAAGAGUCAAGAUUCUGAAAGAAAACCAUAAAAAGUUCAGCGAUACAAACCCGCUUAGGCCAAAUAAGGCCGUUCAGUGUCCCGAGCCGGGGAUCUGCGUGUAACCGAUUAAACGAAUCCGAUAUCUGAAGUUUCCGCAUUCUUGACGAAUCCGGAAAAAUCGACUCUAGCUUAAAUGUAGCCUUAGAGUAACGUUUUAUGUGUCAUUGUUUUUAACAAAAUGAACAGUUACAAUUGAUGUCAAUGUAACGAAUACAUAGGAGAAUAAAGGAGUGUUCCAUAAACUUUACGCGCGUAGAAAAACGUUCUAUUUUGUCUUUAUGACGACGGGGUUUUUUAUCUAUCCACGACGCUAAACGAGUUUAGUCGUGUUGCACUUUGGAAAGAGAAAAGUCAUUCUUGAAGAAAAUGAAAACGUUUUCGAUCCACAUAAUUUUCCUUCUAACAGUGUUAGGAACUUCGACUGCUUCAGGACUAUGUCCGCGAGGAAGGUAAAACUUAUUUUCACAUCUGCUCUCUUCGCGUUAAUUUCCUCGAUGGCGUAAGCUGUAGUAGCAAAAGAACAGGGCACGGGCGACAACCGGUAUUUUUUCCAGGCUAACUUUGCUUUUGCCUUUAAGGUAUUAAACUGCUGCGCCAACCUUUCACUCAAAAGUGUUAGAGUUUCUUUAAUUUGUUUAGGAUUAAAUUAUCUGGUUGUCGUGAAAUGUUCUCUUCUUGGCCUCAACCAGUUGAAAAAAACUGUUAUUUGUUUGGAUGAUUUUGUUUCCUUGGUUACUUGUUUCUAAGGAUCGGAGGCGAUUCUUGCGCGCGCAAUCGAAGUGACUUACGACGUCAAGUUCCGUUAAUUGUUUCCACAAAGUUUAAAAACACCUUUCAAAGCAUUUAAACAGCUUUGCUGUAACUUAGUUGUAGCCGUACAGAUUUUAAGCUUCAAUUAAGUAUUAGCACAUGCCUUUACUCGUUUUAUACUGAACAGCCUCAUUUGAGCGGUUUAAAUGAAUUUAAUAUAUUUAAGCCCUUUCGAUUGCAUUCAAAUUCAGGAGUCAAGGUUGCUGAAGAACGUUCCAUCGACGCUUCACCGUAAUUGUUGAAGACUUUGGAAGCAAGAGCGCUUUAAUUGAAGUUCACCUAGCGUCGAUUGAUACGCUUGUCUCCGUGACGGUUAACUCAGUUAACCGUAAAAUGAGCAGAUUCACAACAGCUUAUUUGCGUGGAGAAAACCUUUACAAAUGAAGUAAGUAUAUAGCACAGUAAAAGAGCAAUAUGAAAACUAACGCAAACGGUGCUAGUGUUUCACAAAGUAAAAGAUGGGUUCAACAAAGUUGCAAGCGUUUUGAUAGAAUAUUAGCGCUAUUUCCGAGACAGACAACCAUCCAACGAGAUACGGCAGGAGACAACUCCACCUGGUUAGCACCUACAGCAUGGACCAGUCUCUUAAAUGUCGCGAACUGGGUCGCGAAAUGGCUAUAUAAUGGUAUCGGGUUGCCGAAGGAUAUAAAUUUAGACGCAUUUGCUCGCAGGACAGUUACUGCAUCGGAUUCUACUUGUCCGGCAGACGGC